GUUGCUUGCCUCACAUUUAUGCUUUCAGCCACUGAAGACGUGUAAGAAGGACACUCUUGUUUUUUAAAUAAAACUGGAUGGGCACAUAGGUUUAUUUAAAUUUGCAAAAUGUCUGGAAAAUCUUUUAUAAUUCUACUUUUGUUGGUGACCUCAGGAGAAGCAAAGAAGUCAUUUCUCAGUUUUCUGAAUAUGCAAAAUGCAGAAAUACUGUCGUUUGCAAAGGCAGAGGAAACCCUCAUUGUGAGGUCCAGCUAUAAAGGCAGGCGGCCUAACUCCAGCUACCUCUUUGUGAAGUUAGAGGACCCUAAGGUGCUGACGGUGGUGAACGUGACCAAGACCACCCUGGAAUUCACAGAUUUUACCAUCAGCCUGAUGACGUCCCCGGGAGAGACAGAGCUGAGCCUGCAGCUCUGGGAUUCUGAAGGCAGGCAAAAGACACUCAUCGAAGAGGUAAAGAAUGUGAAAGUGAGAGUGCUCAGACAGACAGAGGGCAGCAGCCCCUUCCUGGCCCCGAUGCAUGGCAACAGAUACAUCUUCCUGCUUCUCUUAUCGAUGAUCCUUGUAAACAAAUGUGCCUUUGGCUGCAAGAUUGACUUCCAGCUCCUUCAAACAGUAUGCAAGAGACCUUUACCAGUACUUGUUGGGGCCAGUAUACAGUUUUGUCUUAUGCCAUUGUGUGGUUUUCUUUUGGCUCAGCUUCUAGGACUGCCUAAGGCACAAGCCUUCGGAUUUGUAAUGACCUGUACAUGCCCAGGGGGAGGUGGGGGCUAUCUUUUUGCUCUCCUUCUGGAAGGAGAUGUCACUCUGGCCAUUUUGAUGACUUGCACAUCCACGUCGCUGGCCCUGAUAAUGAUGCCUAUCAACUCUUACCUCUACAGUAGGCUGUUAGGGUUAGCAGGGAUAUUCCACGUUCCUGUGCUAAAGAUUAUGUCUACUCUUCUUUUCAUACUUAUACCAAUAUCGAUUGGUGUAGUCAUCAAACACAGGGCACCUGAAAAAGCGAUCUGUCUAGAGAGAGUAGUGCGACCUCUGAGUUUGAUCUUAAUGUUUGCAGGGAUCUAUUUGGCGGUGCAGAUGGGAUUGAUGUUCCUGAAAAUGGCUAGCCUAGAGGUGUUUCUUUUGGGGCUUCUCGUUCCUGCGCUGGGCUUUUCGUUUGGCUAUGCCUUUGCUAACGUCUACAUGUUGCCUCUGCCCAUUUGCAAAACGGUUGCUAUUGAAAGUGGGAUGUUAAACAGUUUCUUAGCUCUGGCUAUUAUUCAGCUCUCUUUUUCACAGUCCAAGGCAUAUGAAGCCUCUGUAGCUCCUUUUACAGUAGCCAUGUGUUCUGGGUGUGAAAUGUUACUGCUCCUUCUGGUCUACAAGGCUAAGAAAAGGAGGAUCCUUAGCACAGAAAAUGAAAAAACUCCUCUAGUCUAAAAUAGCACCCUUAAUUCUCAACCUGGCUAACAGACUGUGGGAGAUUCAAACCACACGUAAAAUAAUGCCUAUUCUAAAGUCACGGUCAAACUGGUUAAAAGCUUAACAUGGGAGGUGAGGAAACUAUUUCUUUUAAUAUUUGUAUGUGUACAUUUUACAUAUGUGUGUG